AUGGCGAAACGCAAAGCUGAGGACAACCCCACCACGGUCGCCAAUGGCGAAGUUGCUGAGACCAAGAAACGGCAACGGGUGAGCGAGGACGAGUCUAGCGCGAAGCGGUCGAAGAAGGACAAAAAGGACAAGAAGUCGAAGAAGGAACGCAAGGUGAAGGAGGAGGCCGAGGCUGAAGAGGCCGAGGAGUCGCUCGACCUGCCCAUGGCCGACGUCGAGGAUACCCAGCCAGAGAAGGUCAAGCAAGAGCCCGAGGCCUCAGAUGCCGCUGCCACCGAUGUACCAACCAAAAGCGACAAGAGCAAAAAGAAGAAGAAGAACAAGAAGGGUGCAAAGGCUGGCCAGGAGGAUGCCGCUGCCACAGAGAUCCAGGAGCAAGCAGAACCCGAGGCCACGGAAGAGACCACCAGCAAGCCGAAAAAGAGCCGCUUCAUUGUCUUUGUCGGCAAUCUUCCCUACAGCGCCACCGUUCCCGACAUUGAGAAGCACUUCUCGGCCGUACAGCCCACCUCCGUCCGUCUACUUCACGAGAAGACAAAUCCGAACAAGUCGCGCGGCAUCGCCUUCGUCGAGUUCGCUGGCUUUGAUCACAUGAAGACCUGUCUCAAGACCCUCCACCACUCGACCUUCAAGUGUCAGGGUCGGGAUCACCGAGGACGGCCCAAGCCGGAGGAGCGCGUUAUCAACGUCGAGCUGACCGCCGGCGGUGGCGGCAACACGGCCGCCAGGAAGGAGAAGAUCAAGGCCAAGAACGAGAAGCUGGAUGGCGAGCGGGAGAGGCGAGCACUUGAGGAGGAGAGAGUCCGGAUUAAGAAGGAGAAGGAGCGGUUGACCAAGGAGGGCGAGAAGAAGGGCGGCGCGGACGGAAUUCAUCCCAGCCGAAGAGGACGAGUUCCUGGGAGUUCCAAGUGA